GUGCAAGAGGGAUGGCCGGGCCGCCUGGCCGCUGAGCUCCACAGCUCUGCCUUGCUCAUGAAAGUUUAGCUUCAGGUAGGAUACGGUAGGUAGGUCAUCUCGUCAGCAUUGCUUAGAACAUGGCGGACACGCUGGUCUGUGCGGGUCCUACUGUCUCGUUCCCUACUCUGCGGGAGUGCAGGCGUCCCUGCCGACAGACAAGGGCUCCACAGGCACUGCUCAGCAUAGCCCCACCAUGCGGGAGGCGGGGUGAAUGCCACCAGCGGUUGUCUGUUUGCCUACCAGGCGUUGCUCAGAGGACGCUGCGCCAAUCCACCUUCCUUACUGAUGUCCGAUGGAAGGCACAAGUGCUUCAGCAAGCGGCACCGAGGCUCCGCCAGUGCCAGGGGGGCGCAACCAGAGCCAUCUUUACAGGUAUUGUUGAGGAGAUGGGGACGGUGCGCGAACUGAAGCAGGUGGACGGUGGCUGGGAGCUGACUGUGGAAGCGUCCACAGUGCUUGAAGAUGUCAAAUUGGGUGACAGCAUCGCGGUCAAUGGCACGUGCCUGACGGUCACCCGAUUUGACCCGACCUACUUUGCAGUAGGCCUCGCCCCAGAAACCCUGCGGAAGACUUCUCUGGAAGAACUGGAAACGGGGUCGAAAGUCAAUCUGGAGCGGUCGCUCCAACCAAGCGGUCGCAUGGGGGGCCACUUCGUUCAGGGCCACGUGGAUGGGACAGGUGUCAUCUCCAAAUUCGAACCUGAUGGGGACUCGCUUGUGGUGACAAUAAAGACGACGCCCGAAAUGCUUCGUUAUAUUGUAAAAAAGGGGUACAUCGCCGUUGAUGGAACGAGCCUUACGGUUGUGGAAGUUUUGGACGCGGAGUUGUCGUUCACCUUCAUGCUGGUUGCCUACACGCAGCAGAAGAUCGUCGUUCCGCUGAAGAAGGUCGGGGAUAAGGUGAACCUCGAAGUUGACAUCGUUGGAAAGUAUGUCGAGAGGAUGACUGAAGGCUACCGACAAGUGGGGUAAGAACGAGUCUGCCAAGAACCUGGUGGAAACUACUAAAACGAAAGCUUACUUGGACGUUGUGGCGCUGGCUGGUUCGCUACAAGCUUUACACAUUUGACGGUCCUCUAUGCCAUUCGUAACGUGUUGGCUGUGGACAAUGCGCACGACUCGGCUGUUGAAGAGCUCAGUGUCCGGUCUGCACUUGAACAGCCUCACCAAUCGUUAUGCGCAGUCCUGAACGUGCUUAUUGGACUCACGGCACCGACUGUUGGUUCAUGCUUGCCACACUAGCUCGUGGUCUUUCCUUGAUAGUUGUGUACACAACCAUCACUGAAGGGCUGGCUAGAUUGAGCCCACGUGGAAGCUACUUGCCUGACUAGCUCGCGACAUCAAUGUCACGCAACCCAUUAUUGCCUGCCAGACUGUCUCAUUAUAGUGUCUCAUUAUAGUACCUGCAUAUCUGCACUACAAACCAGCCCGCCCCCUGUUCACGUAAGCCUUAAGUAAGUUCCGGUAAUUGAAGUUACAUAGGAAGCGGACCUUUUGUAUAUUCAGGCCAAAAGCUGUAUAGAUUAUAGCAUGACG